GUCCCAUGGUUGCUUGCCCCGAGUGCGGGAAGGUCUUCAAGUUCCCGAGCCAAUUGCAGAGGCACCGGGACUCCGUGCACUUGAAGCUGCAUGAGCGGCCCCACGAGUGCCACCUUUGCGGCUACCGGUGCCACAAGGCAGCUGACCUACGCAAGCACCUCUCGAGCCACGAGAAGAAGCGCAAGCUGGGGGUGCCCCGCGAGGACUGUGUGGCGAGCUGGCUUGAGGACGCGGAGAUCCAGUUCCAGCGCGGCUUCCGGGUUGACCUCCAUGACGGACAGGAGCCCAGGUUCGCUCGCAUCGACUUCCUGAUCCGGCAGCCCUGGGGCCUGGUGGCGCUUGAGGUCGACGAGCUCCAGCACAAGCUGCGGGACGGGGACAGGGAGGCCAGGCGGCUCCGUCGGAUUCGUGCUGCCCUUCCGGUGGUCAAGGUGGUGCGCUACAACCCGGACGAGUUCACCGUGGAUGGCCAGCCGGGCGAGGUCACGGGGAACGAGCGGCACCGCAGGCUGAUGAGCUCCCUGGCGGCUGCGCCGGAGGAUGGCUUCGAGGAGGUCUUUCUCUUCUUCGAUCAGGAGCAGCCCGGGGGCACGAGUGCUGCCGUCCCCAUGUCGCAAAGUGCAGGGCCUGGUCUGGAGCAAGGUUCACAGGAGCACCGCAUGGUCUACCUCAUCGACAACCGCGAGGUGAUGAUCGAACCGAGGCGUGAAAUUUUCAUCCAGGGUUUCCGCCAGGGGCUUGCAGCCGGCAAGCCCAUUGACGUCGUGGCGGUGCUGAAUCGGGUGCUGAAUUGGGUGCUGAAUCGCGAGGUGCUGAAUGAGGUGCUGAAUUGGGUGCUGAAUCGCGAGGUGCUGAAUGAGGUGCUGAAUUGGGUGCUGAAUCGCGAGGUGCUGAAUGAGGUGCUGAAUUGGGUGCUGAAUCGCGAGGUGCUGAACGAGGUGCUGAAUUGGGUGCUGAAUCGCGAGGUGCUGAACGAGGUGCUGAAUCGGGUGCUGAAUCGCGAGGUGCUGAAUCGGGUGCUGAAUUGGGUGCUGAAUCGCGAGGUGCUGAAUGAGGUGCUGAAUUGGGUGCUGAAUCGCGAGGUGCUGAAUUGGAUAUUGGGCUCUUCAAAGCAAUUUGCGGCUUUGCUCUUCGUUGCUAUCAUGGCGGGACAGAAGGCUCCGGAGAACAAUCGCCUCAACUACCUGGUGAGGCUUCUUGGGCCCAAUGGUCCCCGCACGCUUUCUGAUGCGGAGCGCGCCAAGCUCAGCAGGGAGCUGCAGCAGUUGAAGGAGCGCCGGGCCGAAGGCGUCAGGACUCGGCGGCACGUCACUGCUGAAGCCGACCGCACGGUCGACGAGGUGCGGCGGGGCAACGCCGGCUUGGAGAGGCGCUUUGACCGGGUGGAAUCCACUUUGGCAGCGAGCUCGGACCGGCUGGACCGCAUCCUGGGGCCGGUGGACCAGGCUGGCAGCGUGCAGGAGCUCACCGUCAUCAUCCAGCUCGCCGCGCAGAAGCGGGCCGAGAAGCGCAAGCUGGACAGGGCCGAGGACCGGUUGGCACAGAAAAGGCGCAGAGAGGCCGAGCUGGUGGAGAUCAAGCCCGAUGAGGGGCUGAUGCGCCGGUUCGAGGCCCAAGGCACCUUUUUGUACUCUGGGCUGAGAUGCCGUUUGGCUCGCUGUGAGGAGGGCGUGGCCACACUUCAGCUGGAGGCUGGCGGGCCAGAGGCGAUCCGUGCUCUGGAGCAGAAGCUCGAAUGCUUUCUGCUAAUUUUCACUCAAACACAAGCGCCUGCGGAGUAG